GCAAUGCACUAAAUGAAAUACAAGUUUCAACAUGAAUUUCAGAACAGCUAAAUAAAACCCACAAUCUGCUGUUAUUUCCAAACCCUGCAGGUCAACAAGUCUGGAACUGAGCAGACAAAAUCCUGUCAGUUAUAAAACACUGUGAAAGUGUGUGCACACAAAUACGCAUAUGCAGCAGGCUUUGGCUUGUUAAAAGGGGCUGUACAACUUUUUCAACACAUUCCACAGACGAUGCUUGCAGGAGGACGACAAUCAAACACAUUCACUAUUCUCAUAUCACUUUCUUAGAGAACUUGGAGAGAUGGCAGAGGAAGAUUUUAGGCCUCUAUCAGAGGAAACCAGUUCCUUCUGUCUGGCUACAGAGGCUCGUUCAGGGCCACAAGUCAUCCAGCCCUUCCCACGCUCUCCAAUACUGAUCAGGAGAACUGGAGCCAUCUCUCCAAAACCCUCAGAGCAGUGUCAACAGCUGCCAGUCUGGUUGGAGGACUUGAAGAAGGAGAAGAAAAGAACAGAGUCUCAUCUGGAAUCUAUUAAAAAGCGGCAAGCCAACCUAAAUACGAGUUCAGAGGCGAUGAAGCAGCACGUACAGGAGUGUUAUGAGGAGCUACAUGUGGCUCUGCAGGAGGAUGAGAAGGCUGUUCUAGACAUGAUAGAGCAAGACCGCCGGGAGACCAACAGUAAACUAAACCGAAUUCUUCAAGACUGGAAUCAACACCUUGGUCUGCUGCAGAAACACAUCAGCACUAUGCAGUCAGCUCAACAGAGCCCCACAGAGUCCAUGAAGGAGUCAUUUCCUGAGGAUUUUACAUUGACUAGCUGUCGUAAGAAACUGGACCCAGCUGAAGAACAGAUAAAAAUGAAUGAGGAGAAGAUCCAGAAGCUCAUGAAGGUUCUUAGGAACAUCUCAAAAGGUCUGAAAGCCCAGCUACAACGAAAGAGCCUGCUGCUGGACUCCUCAAAUGUGGCGAUUGAUAAACUGACCUGUCACAAACAGAUUAAGGUGACCUCGGAGGGACGGGGCAUGUCCCUUUCUGCAGAGGAACACUGUGUUCCCAAUGACCCUCUAAGAUUUGAUCAGUUAUACUGUGCCUUGGGCUCCAUUGCUUUUAAAUCUGGGCAGCACUACUGGGAGGUGGAUGUGCACUGCUGCCCAUCAUGGGCUGUGGGUGUGGCUUACGGGAGCCUACAGAGGAGAGGACGAGACAAAGCAGCCAAACUUGGACGGAACAGGUGCUCGUGGAGUCUUGAGUUUCAGGAUGGGCAUCUCAUGGCCUGGCACAACGAUCGGCACGUGGCACUACCCGUCACAGCAGCACGGGCUGCACCGAACAGGGUGGGAGUGUUUGUGAAAUAUCAGAAGGGUCGAGUGGUGUUCUAUGAUGCUGAGACUAUGAGAAUGCUGCAGGAGUUUUCAGCAGUGCAGACGGCCGUGUUUGACAGAGCACAUCAUCAGUUUACUGAGCCGCUCUACCCAGCUUUCCGCUUCUUCUCACCCAGAGACAAACACACAGGCCAUCAUCAUAUGGAAAUAUGCGACCUCGGUCUUUAAUAUUGUUUGAAUACACGUCCGUUUAGGUCGGUAAGAUUUUUGUUAAUGUUUUUGAAAGUGGUUUCUAAUGCUUAUGCUCUUAAGGCUGAAUUUAUUUGAUCAAAAAUUACUGUAAAAAUAAUAAAAUAAUAUUGUUACAAUUUAAAAAACACUGUUUAAACUGUAAAAUCAAAUGUAAUUUAUUUCUGUGAUGGCAAAGCUGGAUUGUCAGCAGCCGUUCUUCAUAAAUCAUUCUAAUAUGCUGAUUUGAUCUUUAGAAACAUUUCUUAUUCAUUCUUAUUUCUUAUGUCUUAUAUCUUAUCAGUGUUGAAAAAAUUGUGAUGCUUAAUUUUUUUUGGAAAAUGUGAUGCAUUAUUUCCAGGAUUCUCCGAUGAACAGAAAGUUCAAAAGAACAGCAUUUAUUUGAAAUAAAAAUCUUUUGUACAAUAUAUGAACAGUAAUGUAUAUUAUACUUAUACUUUAGGACCACCAUUAUAGGACCACCUUUCUGAGAUUCAGUUAAUAGUGCAAGCAUACCAAAAAAGCAAAGUCAUCUUAAUAGCACAGUGUACUACUUUAAACAUGGUAAAAAUAUAGUAAAAACACAGUACAGUUAAUUUUUUUUUUUAAAUAAAAUAAUCAUAAGGAGUGGAACACCCCCUCAAUUCUAUGUCUGUGUGGCUAUUUAACCUUGUAUUUGCAAAUAAUUAUGUUGUAUUAUGUUUACCUGUAAUCAAUAUCCAGCAAUAAACUCUUCACGGUUGGACUCUUGC